AUGCAUGCUCUUUGCACCACUAUGAACAUGAAUCCCAAUGACACGUUUGAAAUCACGGGCAAUGACCGCUUCAAGGCCAAGGCCAGUGCCGUGUUCGCCUUUGACCAGGUCACUCUCCGAUCUACCGCCACCCCCAGUGAUCCAGGCCAUCCGCCUGCGUCGACCCCCGCCACGAAAGACAGUACGAAUACCCCCUGUGUCCUCCGCCCUGACGCCCCUCAUCUCGCCGGCCACGCGUCGGACCCAGCCGGUGCGAAACGCGUGCGGACCGACGACUUCAAAGGCCGCGAGAGCCUUUUCCGCGUCCCAGACCACGAGUGGGACCGACCCCGGGAGAGGGAAACCCUCGCCAACGAGGCCCUGGAUUUGCGUCGCAUUCUCGAGCGCCGUCAGAACAGUCGCACCAGGGGCGGGCAUUCCGAUCCCCACCCUCGGGAGACCUUCCGUCGGCCCGCGAAUCCCAGACCGCGCGCUCCUCGCUCUCAUCAUGGCGUGCCCGAUUUCAAGAGGAACCCGGAUAAGUACCAGAAGUACACGUUGAAGGACGUGGACCUGACCUCGAACCGGGGCAAUUCCCAGGCCGCUUUCGCGUUUCUCGACGAAAUCAAGAAGCGGAAGCGCAAGUCGGACGACCACUUUGAUGCCGAGGAAAACGAGCAAGAGCGACAAAUGAGAGAAUCCGGCCAGAUCCAAUUCAAGCCCCGUUGCUCUCAGAAGUCCUCGUCGACCCCAUCCCCUAGCUCCUCUUUAUCUGCAGACUCUUCAUCAACAUCAUCUGAAAGUCAGAGAGCGAGGGCCUCGUCGAGCUCCACUGGUCGAGAGGCUAAGAAGCACAAGCCGACGACCAUGAUGCUCAGUCAUCUCAUGCAAGAUGAGGAGGAGGAGGAGGAGGAGGAGGAGGAAGAAGACGGAGAAGGCGAAGAUUAGCUCCACGUUCAAUGGCCAGAUCGAGGCCGAUCCUUGCUCGUGAAUAAACGAAUAAAUGCACUCGUCGCAUUUACAUAAGACACUUUUUUGAUCAUCCUUGAUUCCAUCAAAUCCCCCAACGGUUUCCUUCCAGA